AUGUCCAACAGCCUUUUCAAAUCCAAGCAAAUAAAGUCAAGGCGCAACUUGAAGUCGUUGAACAUUUCUGCGCCGAUGCUUGCGGACGUUCGAGAAUCGGCACCCGUUUCCAAUACAAAAGCUUCAACGAAAACUUUUCCAAGUGUGAUUUUGGUGGCCAAAUAUUCAUUCACCGCAGAACUGGAUGCUGAGCUUUCGGUUAAAAAAAGUGACUUUGUCAAGCUUUUGAACAGGCCACGUAACGGGUGGUUGUUUGUGCAAUAUCUCGACAGCUACCAGGCCCGGGGGCUCAUUCCUGCUUCGUAUGUUGACAUCGAGGUGAAUGAUAACAAGAACCCGAUUUCGAUGGAGUGGUUGAAUGAGAUGGAACCACAGAACUACGGGACAAAAGGCGAGAAGAACAAGUCAAAUAGUGACCAGAUCACAGAGAAAAGCGACAAGAUUACGAAGGAAAAAUCUGGCGAAAUUUCCAGCAAAAGUGACCACUCCACCAAAGAAAUUUCUGGCGAAAUUUCCCAAAUUUCCGAAAGUUCCAGCCACAACCUGUUCAGUUUCGGAGUCUCAGAAACCCUUGAACCCUCAACCCCAGCACUCGCUCCGUCGUCAACUUUUCAAGCUCCAGCUACUCCCAAAUCUAUAACCAUUUCCAACGUUUUGCAGUCUUCUGUUGGUGGAGUGUGGUACCGGGUCGAUGUCCGUAUGUCGGACCAAAGUAUGGUUUAUGUGGCCAAAAGAUACCAAGAUUUCUACAAUCUUCAUGUUGCGUUGCUGCAAACCACCAAAGCGAUUUCAUCACUUCCUCGUCUUCCUCAACCAAUUCGAACAAAUAUGAUUGGUGUAAUGUCCAAGCCUCGUACCGACAGAGUUUACCUUGAAAGCUUGCUUGUACGAUGCAACGAACUCAACUAUUACGUCAACCAGCUCAUCAAAACCACCAGUGUAAAUGGUAUGGAGAUCUACAACUGGAUCAUGACUACUAGCGAUCCCCGGCUCAUUUUUGUUAAUGAGGCUGCUGUGAACAUGUUCAGCGAAGAUAUCAACAAGAAACUCUAUCCAAAUUCUACAAAUGUCAUGGCUGUUCUUCUGCCGAAACUGACUAAUGUUGCAACUUUCUCACCAACCACCACCACUAACCAAACCACUAACAGCACAAGUCUCAACAGCUUAUCGUCUCUCCUCGACACCUACGAGGCAGACCACCCAGAACAAUCUGAUCCCAACCAUUCUGAAUCUGAACCCGAUUCUCACAUAAAUUCCGAUUUUGUCGAGCCACCAGACUCAUCCCAAGACUCAGAAAACUCUACAUGGGAAUUAAACUCCGCCGGAAACAGUACUGCCGACACCAGUGCCGACGAGAGCAAUUGCGAAAAAACUGCAAAGCCGCAACCAAAUGUUGCAAACAUAGAUACCCGGGUUAGGCACCCUUCGUCGUCCAGUGCCGAGUCGAUUUUUUCCGCCAUCCACAAAUCUGCUCCUUCAACCCCCACCUUCAAUUACUACACAGACCAGGUUUCACCAUCUACGCCGGUGGAAUUCCACGAGGAAUUACCGGUGGAAAAACCCAGAACACAAUCCGCUUCUGGUCCAGCCGCAGGAGACCUCAUAAAAAUCAAAGUGUCACUCAACAAUGCCCAGGGUGAUAUAGUUGCGCUCCGCAUCAAGAGAACAAACCUUAUGUCGGUUGUCUACCUCAAAAAGCUUCUCUCACAUAGAAUCUACAAAGACUUUAAUUUGAUCCACCACUAUAAAUUGGUUGCAGAGGGAGAAAAAGAUAUGGAUGAUGAAGCGCUUCUUGACUACAUGAAACUGCAAAGCAAGGUGCACUUGACGUUACGUCGGGUGCGUCAAAGUUCCACUACCAAAUGA